AUGGUAGCAAGAAACGGUCAGGUUACGAUGACGAUUCUCAAGGCUCGUUUUGGAAGUGAUGUGCGAAAGACUCCGCUUCAUCAUGGAAAUGAUCUCACCUUGAACGACCUGACUCUGAUGCUACAACGAAUUUUUAAAAUCGGUUCUGCUGAGGCGAUAGUGUUGAAGUAUAAAGACAACGAUGGCGAUUUAAUUACGCUGGCUGAUGACUCUGAUCUUCUUCUGGCAUUGCAAUCCGAACAAACGUUAUCGAUUGAGGUCUCGAUCGAUAAUAAGGCCAUCGCCGAGCUAGCUGAUAUUCAGCAGCAGAUCGCUCAGAUCCAGGCUGAUGUUCAACGACUCUCGAAAACCCUUUCGAGCCUUAAUAUAUCUAGCACUCGUGGGGCUUCACAAUCAGUUGCAACUUCACAACAUUUUGAGCCGAAUGAGGGCCUUCCCGCCGUGUCAGGAUUUGGAGAUAACGUUCCGCCUCUCCCGGUGAACGGUUAUGAUGCCACACCCUUAUCUCCGAAUUCCCCUGUGCCAUCUGAAAAACCGGAGCUGCCCGCCACAAUCCAACCAUCGCUCCAGGAACAGGUCCUGUCGGAUGGUCAUUCUCGGCAAGAAGUGUCGGCACCAUGUGUGGAAGAAAUACCUUUAGAGGCUGGAGCGCCAUCAGCUUUUGCUCCUCCACCAUCCGACUUCGCUCCACCGCCGUCAGCUCCGUCUGCUGUUCAGGAUCCGCAUGUGUCCCAGCAUCAACAGCAAGGAUUUGCUCCUCCUCCUCCAACUAUGCCGUCGAUCCCAUCGUUCCCCCAGGCAAACAUGCCACCAGCAAGUUUCUCCCCAUCUCGUCCGCCACAUGAACAUACUCCUCCACAGCCGCCACAACAGUUCGUUCCUCCCCAGCAGCACGCUGCACCACCACAGAUGCCGCCCACCAGCUUCGCACCACCCCCGCAACAUCAGAGUUUCGGUGCCCCGCCACCGCAACAGUUUGGCUCGCAGCAGCAGUUUGCUCCGCCACCGCAGCAGUUCGCUCCACCUCAGCAGGCACCUCAGCAGCAGCAACCACCGACGCCACAGUCUUCUGUUUCAUCCACUCCGAUUCCGCAACCAUCGCAGCAGUUCGGCGCUCCACACGGCGCGAUUCCACAACAAUUCGUUCCACCGCAGCAGGCGCCUACGCAGUUCGCUCCUCCUCCAAAUCAGGUAUUCCAGGGCUUUGGAGCUUUCCCACCACAAAGUCAAGCUCAGCAGCAGCCUGCAUUCGCGCCAUCAUUCAAUCAACAGUCGCAAUUCGGCCAGGGACCACCAUCGGAACCAGCACCGCCAGCUGGUGGAGUUCCGCCGCCGUUCGCUCCACCAAUGGGUGGCUUUGCACCGCCUCCAAUGGGCGGACCGUCCGGAAUACCUGGAGGGAAUCCGUUUGCCCGAGGUCCUGGAGGUCCGGGAAUGUAUCGCGGUUCACCCUAUCAUCAAUCUCUAGUUUCACUGAUACUAAAUGGCAUCGAUUGCGAUAAGGUUUUUAAUGGAGACGAGAAUGAAGCAGUUAAGGCAAAGCAGUUGGAAUUCAACGUUGCGAUGUCAUUGGACGAUUGUUCGACUUCUUUCCAACGCUCUCCGAUGAAGGAACGUCGUUUUCCAUUGGCCUACGCCAUGCUGGUACAUAAAGACGUUGUUCAGGUGAUGAUGCUGCUCUCGGCAAUCUACCAACCCCAGAAUCAGUUUUGUGUCGCCGUCGACGGCAACGCCGAUGAGACGUUUUGGAAGGUGAUGAAUGAAAUUUCCAGCUGCUAUCCAAAUAUUCUUGUUAUGAGAGCGAAGCCAAUCAAAUGGUGCUCCUAUGAGAUCAUCGAAGCAAUUUUUCGAUUGUGUCAUGCAACUCGCAAACUUAUCGGCAGACUGGAGAUUCUCUCUGGAGUUGAUGCUCCGUUGAAGACAAAUCUAGAGCUGGUGCGUAUUCUUACAGCUCUGAAUGGAUCGUUCAAUACCCAAAUAGCACCGUUUGAGCGGUAUCGACUCAGACGUGGUGCGAUGUGGAUGAUGAAGAGCAGAGAUAAGGAGAUGCAGAUCAGCUACUAUCGCGAUCUGCUUAAUAGGCUUGAUUAA